CCACAGUCAGUGAGAAAACACAAGUGGCAGCGCGAGGUUCACACACAGCUAUCCAGAGAGGCAAAAGGGCGUCAAUUUCAAUUCUGAGUAUCAAUUGAGGAUUAAAAGGAACAUCAUCACAAUGCAGCGAUCCCUGCUGCUCCUGUCGCUGGCGGCGCUCGUCCUUAGUGCGGCGAUGGCCCUGCCCCUGAGUGUGGAGGAGUCCGCCGAGCGGGGCUCCAGCCUGGAGAGUGAGAUGGAGAUGGAGAAGGAGCUGGCAGAGAGUGUGGAGAGCGAAGAGAUAUUGAAGACGGGCUGGGACAGCAGCGAAGGCACGGUGCCCAAGACCAUCGUUAAGCGAUCCCCCAAGGGAGCAGCCAAGGACGCCAGCAGCUCAUCGGAGGAGCACGAGGACAAGGCAAAGGCUAAAGCCAAGGCAGAUAGCUCCGGCGAGUCUUCCGAAGAGGCGAAGAAGAAGGAGCAGCCGGCAGAGGCGCAGCCCGAACAGAAAGACGAGAGAAAAAGAAGAUCCACUGAGGCGGCAGCCAAGGACGCUAGCAGUUCCUCGGAGGAGCAUGGAAACGACAAGGACAAGGACAAGGCGAAGGCCAAGGCGGACAGCUCCGGCGAGUCCUCUGAGGAGGCGAAGAAGAAGGAGCAGCCGGCAGAGGCCGAGCCGGAAAAGGCCAGCAGGAGAAGACGUCAGGCGAUCAAGGAUCCGCAGAGCGUUGAGAAUGUGAAUGAUGAGGCGGAUGAGUAUGUGGAUCCGCCCGGUCAGGACAGUCAGGCUGAGAAGGAGGAUGGUGCUGCACCCGACGUCCUUCCACCAGACAACACCAGCAUCGAAGACUACGCCCAAGGCUGCGAGGUGAUGGAGGUGAACUCCAAGGAGGCCAACGAGACAACCUACUUCGAAUAAGUCCGCACGUUUAGCAUAAAGUAGAUUUAAAAUAAACUAGAAAAAAAGUCCCACACAGG